AUGUCUCAGACAAUAUUGUCACUGGAGUUGCCAUCAGACCACAAGGAAUGGGGAGUGGACAAGUUGUGUCAGUUCCUCCAAAAAUUGCCAGAAACAUUUAAAGAAAAAGGAAUUGAUGGCGUCAAGCUGCAAAAACUCAAAGAUGCUGAACAGAGGGAAAUGAGCAUUAGUUGCUCUGUCUUCUGCCAGGUGUUUAAUGAUCCCAUCCACGGUCAUGUGGAGUUACACCCACUUCUCGUCAGAAUCAUAGACACACCUCAGUUCCAGAGGCUACGAAACAUCAAGCAGCUCGGAGGGACCUACUUUGUUUAUCCUGGAGCAUCCCACAACCGCUUUGAACACUCGAUUGGGGUGGCGUACUUAGCAGGAGAGUUUGCACAAGCUCUGAGAACAAGGCAGCCUGAACUCAACAUCACUGACAGAGACGUCCUUUGUGUGAAAAUUGCAGGACUUUGCCAUGACCUGGGACACAGGCCUUUUUCCCAUCUGCUUGAUGGAAUGUUCAUCCCCAAAGCUUGUCCAGGUAAAAAAUGGAAGCAUGAGGAAGCUUCUCUAAAGAUGUUUGAUCACCUGGUGAAAUGUAAUGACCUGGAGCCGGUGAUGAAGCAGUACAGCCUUGUGCUGCCUCAGGACCUGUUCUUCAUCAAAGAGAUGAUUGGAGGACCUCAGAACACUAAUGCAGGUCAAGGAGAGGAGUGGCCAUAUGAAGGUCGAGGAAAGGACAAGUCCUUCCUCUAUGAAAUUGUGGCCAACAAAAGAAAUGGCAUUGAUGUGGACAAGUUUGACUACUUUGCCAGGGACUGCCACCAUUUGGGCAUCCAGAACAAUUUUGACCAUCGACGCUUCUUCCUGUUUGCCAGAGUGUGUGAGGUGGAUGGGGUGAAACAAAUCUGCUCUAGAGACAAGGAGGUGCACAAUCUGUAUGACAUGUUCCAUGCAAGGAGUUUUCUCCACAGAAAAGCCUACCAGCACCCUGUGAACAAGAUCAUAGAGCACAUGAUUGCAGAUGCCUUCUUAAAAGCAGAUCCAUACAUCCAGAUUGAAGGUUCAGGGGGGAACAUGUAUAAUCUCUCCACCGCCAUUGAUGACAUGGAGACCUACACCAAGGUGACAGAUCGAGUGUUUGAACUAAUACUCACUCCUCCUUCUCAAAUAUAUGUUACCGACCCAGAGCAGUCUGACAGUGUGAAGCAAAUUCUCAUCAGAGCUGGAGGACAAACAGAGCUGGCAGAGGCGAGGAGGAUUCUCAAGAGGAUCAUAGCUCGAGACUUUUAUAAGUGUCUGGGAAAAAUGCAAUGGAAACAGAAACCCACCGAGGAGGAGAUUGACCAGUGGACAGUUUGACACCAGAGGACUUUGAAGUUGUGGUUUGUGCUGUGGAUUACAGGAUGAAAGAGAAGGACCCGAUCAGCAAAGUGUAUUUCUACAGCAAGUUUGAGCCUGACAAACCAUUCAAGAUCCCCAAAGAACAGCCUUCUUCCAGAGCACUUUUCUGAGGAUUUACUUGAAGAAUGAUGAAAAGAGUUGGGAGGAUGUCAAGAGCCACUUUGAGCAGUGGUGCACAAACAAACACUUUUCAAUACUUAAUGUAACAUUUAGUUCUAGUCUGUGUGACACUGUAUACUAUAUGAAGCCCUCAGGCUGAAAGUUCUAUUAAAUGACAGUGAUAAGUUUUAUUAAGUUAGGAUGAGAACAUGAGCAGUGAAGUUAUUUACAUACAGGAGGGAAACCCAGAACUCAUCAGUGGGGAAAAUCACUAGAACAACGAAGAUGCAGCUCCAAACUGAAAAAAGAAAACAAACUCUCUGAUACUCAUUGAUUCUAUAUGAUUGUAAGUGAUUAAAAAUGAGAGUGAACUGUUACUUAAUAAGGCCCUGCACUCUGGUUUUCUGAAGCCCUGUUCAAUAUUAUACAUAUUUUUGAGACUACUGUCUCCAUCUGCAGCUGAAUAUGUCACAUUUUAAACUGAAUCACUCUUUUAUACCAUGUGUGCACUAAAAGCAUGUCCUUAUGUAAAUCUGUAGAGGACAAUCAUCACAGUUACUUAAAGCAUCACUGUCUGAAAUUGACAUAACAUGUUCCAGGGCUUUGUUUUAUUCGACUCAGUCCCAUCCAUGCUUCUUCAUCUUUGUAUAACUGCAAACAAAUCUGCAAGUUCAACUAUGUAUUUCUUACAAUGGUUACAGGCUGUACAGCACUACCAACAUGUGUGAUGGAGUCUGACAUUUAAAGUGAACAUUUAACUUGUGGUUUUGGGGAUUUUUAAAUAUUUAGUUGUAUUUGCUUUUAUUGUUUGUGUGAGUUAACAUGGAAAUCUGAUUAGAAAUAACUCUGAAUGAUUUUUGAUCAGAGGUUGUUUUGGUGAUUGUGUUAUUUUACUGUAUCUUUGUUCAUUUAUUGUUACUUAGUCACUUUCAUUUUUUAUUUGUUUUUGAAUCUGUUUUAUUGGUGACAUUUAACUUCAUGUUGUUGUUUUUCUUUGAAUUCUUAUACCUUGAGCUCAAUUACUAUUAUGAUUACAUUAUAUAUCACAAUAUAUGUCAUUAUAUAGGUCAACUUAUAUGUUGCUUUCUUCAAUGCAACCAUCUUCAUAACAAAGUAAAACAAAGUUUAGGUAUCAUGUUUUGCUCAUUGUGUGAAAAUUCAUUAUAUUCUAAAUAUGAAAUGGGACUGCAAAUGGAAACCUAACAAAGGUUAGUAGAACCUUUGAACUUGAAUCCUAUUGAGACAGUUUGAUAGUUUGAUGCUCUGUGUCUCUGUCUUUAUCUCUUUGUUGUGUGUCCUGGUGCAGUUCAACUUGUCUAGCACCAAAUACAUAAUCAUAUGCCUAAAUGCAGAGGCUCCACAAGCAAUAGAACAAAGGAGAGUGAAUGUUGCAAGGGUCAGUGAAUAAAC